AAGCGGCGGGGCCCGGCCCGGAAGAGGCGGGAUCGCAGCGGCGGCUCCGGCGGCUGAGGCGCGUUUUCAGAAUGACUUCCUUGGCUGACAUGCCCCCGAAUUAUGAAAUGAUGUUUGCUCAUCGAUUCACAUCAGAUGAUGAAGAAUACCAGGAAUAUCUAAAACGCCCUGCAGAUCCCCCUCCUAUAGUUGAAGAAUGGAGAAACAGAUCUGGUGGCAACCAGAGAAACAGAGAUCGGUUUCAAGAUGGCAGAUAUUUUAGAGGGGACAGAUACAACUGGCAAAGUGACUACAGAUCUAAUCAGAGGCCAGAAAGAGGUUGGGGUAACAACUACCAGCAGCACAGGCAAGGACAAUCCUACUCAUCCCACUACGGACAAUAUGGCUACAACUCCUACAACCCAGGGCCUCGUUACCAUCCUUACUGACAUCCUCGUGGGUUGAACGUCCAGUGAUGCUAUGUAACAAAUUCAGUUAGCUUUUAGUUCUCUUAUUUUUUCCACAGUUUUGUAGAUAACUGAAGAAUCAGUGUAACAGUCCAUUGCUGUUUUUCUGUAGCGUGAAAUGAAAAAGGGAACUCCUUUUAUGAACAAUAAAAGCAUAUUAUGUGGAGUGUGUUUGGAGUCUGUAGAUUUUAGAUUAAAUUUCUGUCUCAUUCUUUUGUCUGAAUAUGUACUAGUACGUCUUUUCUUCCAUCACUGAGAUUUCUCUCUGUUACAUUUUAGAAACCAAAACAGGUGAGGGGAGGAUAGCUGUGGUUUGUAUGCAGCCUGUAGCAGUGGCGCAUUGCCUUAAGAUAGCUCUUUUUGAAAAUAACAUACCGUGUCUUUCUGUGGAGAGAAUUUCAGAAUUCCUUAGUUUGGCUUUUGACAGUGAGAAAAGCUCAGUUUGGUUUGAAUUUCAGAUGCCUUAAAACUGAGAAGAGAGAUCCUAUUACUGAAAUAUUUUAUGGGGUCGGCAUAGUGUCUGUUGACUCAAUGGCUUCAGUGCAUUUGCAGAGUUCCUUUUAAAAAGUGGUCUAAAAGUUGGAUAAAAAAUAAGUAAUUAGAUAGAUAUCUUCUUGUAGCAGUUCAGUGAUACAUAACUUUUACCUGAGAAGUAAUAUCAAACUUAGAUUAAUUAAUAUGUGUCAUUUUCAAAUAAAUUUGGUGUGUGCGUAACAAAUUUUGGAAUUCCCAUUUCAGUAAAGCUGUAAAACUUCGACGCUACUGUAGUUUGCAUGAAAUACUUUGUGUAUGUUAUAGAAGAAAAGAACUAUGGUCAGUACUCGUCUGUACUUUCUUCUGUGUGGGAAAGUAGCAUAAACAGUGCAGAGUGUUACUCAGUUCUUAGAAUUUAAGAUUUAUGGGUUUUUUUAAGUAUUCACACAAUAAAAGUAGAGUUCACAUGUAA